AUGGAAGAAUACGCUUUAUGUACCGAAGCUGCAAAAGCUGCGGGAGUCAUCAAGACAAUCUUCCCCUAUGAGCGGGAAAGCAGUGUGAUAAAGAAGGCGAGGCUCAUGCUAUCCCAAGAUCUCGGCGACCGCGCUUUCUGCCACACGUAUCUCUUCGACGAUGAUAUUCCUAUGCAGGAACUGCCAUUCGACCGACAAUUUUGUCAGCUUCUCCGUGCUGGGAUUGACGAUCCUUUCGCAAUACUCCUCUUUACAAUACUCCCGAAUGUUGGCGAAAUCUUUCUUGGGACUGCACUUCAUUGGCCACGACCUAAACACGGGUUCAAAGCUCUUCGCCGGCUCCAAGCCGGGGAUAUACGCACCCUCUUGCACGCAUGUCCGCAACUGGAAACACUAUAUUUCUCAACCGCUGCCGAAGAGUCUGAACUACACAACUUCACGUGCAAAGAGUUGUGUGACGCUCUCGAACCACUUAAAGACACAUUGGAAGAGCUGUAUUUGGAAGUUAAGCCACAGUUGGAUGAGUUUGGCCAUCCUCAUGAGCGCAUAACUUCGCUGUCCCAGUUUACCGCUCUCAAAAUACUCGACACUGUACCUGAAAUGUGGGAGUGCCUUAGAGAGUUUGAAACGGAGCACGACCCAAUUGAGGACGAGCAACGCUUGUGUGAUCGUUUGCCACCUUCGCUUGUAACUCUCAAUUUCCAUCUUUCUCGUGACACUCGCUCAUUUGAUGAUUAUACUGUACCAGAUUGGCGGCAGAUCGAAGAUGUGAUUGUGAGGCGUUCGGAGAGAUUGCCAUGCCUCGAAAAUGUCUUCAUUGGGAUUAGAUACGAAGACUUUGCCUAUGAGCUGAGAGAGACGUUGGAAAUUAUCCCUGACUAUCAACGCGAGGGACUGAGUGUUGAGAUAGGAAUUGGCGAAGCAGCAGAUGGUGCGAUACGUAACGCAUUUCACGGCAUACCAAUGGGUCGUUACUUACCCGUUACGAAAUGGUUCGGCAACAAGUAUGCGUCCAGGAAAGAGAAACCAAACGAAUUCGAUCAAGUGAUGAUCGAAUUGUGCAAAGAUCCUGCAAAUAUCGAACUGGACAAUCAGGAGAUGAUGAAGAUCAUCAAAGCAGAUGGAAGAGUAAGGGAACUUGCAGAGAAGAUCGGACGGGAAGGCUUUCCGGAAGUCGAGUAUGAGUCGGAAGAUGCUGAGGAUGAGAUUUGA